GAUCCCCUGACCACGGUGCGGGAGCACUGCGAGCAGAUGGAGAAAUGCGUCAAGGCGCGGGAGCGGCUGGGGGGGUGGUCCCGACGGGAGGUGUGCAACGCGCGGGUGGCCUCCCGGUCCCAGACGGAGGAGCAGUGCACGGAGGAGCUCUUCGACUUCCUGCACGCCAGGGACCACUGCGUUGCUCACAAUCUUUUUAAGAACCUGAAGUGA